AUGAAGAAGGCGGAUAAGGAAUAUGUGGAUAGUGAAUUAAAUAAGAAGGCAAAUUUGGUUUAUGUUGAUGAAAAAGAUAAUGAAAUUAAAGAAAAGGUUGAAUGGUAUCAUAAAUGGACAUCGGAGACUUUUAAAGUUAAAGCUGAUACAGGAUGGGUUUCAGAAUGUUUAGACCUUAAAGCAGAUAAAACUUAUGUUGAUGAAAAUUAUGCAAAGAAGUCGGAAGUAAAUGAUGUGAUUACAAGCAUGAAAAAUGAAAUACUUCAAACAUUAUAUCCUGUUGGUUCUAUUUAUACGUCAAUGAAUUCAACAAAUCCAGAAACAGUUUUAGGUUUUGGUACGUGGAAGCAGAUUGUAGAUAAAUUCUUAUACUGUGCUAGAUAUUCAAAGCAAACAGGAGGUUCGAAGAAAAUUAAAGAAGCAAACCUUCCACCGCACACUCAUACAGGAACUACAAACUUUUCUGGCGACCAUAGCCACUCAUUAAGAGACCACCCAUUAUACAACUCAGAAUAUAAAGCUGGCAAUGAUGUUUUAUCUCCAUCUUAUAACAAUGCAGCAAAAAAGAUUUUUCGACCAACUGAACCGGGAGGAAAUCAUUCACACACUUUCACAACAAAUCCAACAGGCUUGGGUAAAGAUUACAUGCCACCAUUUGUGACUGUAUUCGCAUGGUACCGCGUUCAAUGA